AUGAACCAGCAGCACGAGAUGUUUUACGAUUACCCGCCAGCGAACCGGUCGCCGAGCACGACGAGACAAGGCUAUGCGACGGUCGGUCUUGGGGGUUUGGGAGCCUCGCGUGGCCAGAGGCCCGGCCUGGAUGCGAUAGCCCAGAACGCAUCCCUUUACAAUGACGAUCGCUUUGGAGGCGCAGCCGGCGGCUAUGAUAACGUGUCCAGGCUGGAUCGUUUGGCGCCUAACUCAAACUACAUGCUAGAGAACACUCAAACGUGGGGCUAUAAUGGAGGUGUAGCCACCAUGAACGGCCCUCUCAACGGCAACAGUAGAAUCGGCUCACGAGGUGGAGCUCGAAGACCUGGUCUUCCCCAAAACUGGACUGGCCAGCCUGAGCUCGGUGUGCCCUCAAUGAACCAGUAUCAUGAUCCCAUGAACGGUAGUGAAUACGAUCUUGCGAGCAUGGACGGGCGUAGCCUCAACACGCCCGGUUCAAAUGAUGACCAGCUCAUUCCUACGGCAAUCGUGAUCAAGAAUAUUCAGUUUCAAUGCAGGAAGGAGAUCCUACAGGGCCUCAUGGCGUCCAUGAACUUGCCGCAGCCUUACGCCUUCAACUACCAUUUUGACAAGGGCGUCUUUAGAGGGCUCGCUUUUGCGAACUUCUCCACGGCUGAGGAUACGCACAUUGUCAUCCAGAAAAUGAAUGGCCUGGAAGUCAUGGGCCGCAAGCUGCGCGUCGAGUACAAGAAAAUGUUGCCACAAGAAGAGCGCGACCGGAUCGACCGCGAAAAGCGUGAGAAGCGUGGACAGUUGGAGGAGCAGCACCGCUCUCCUUUGCCUAGUCACCAGCAGAAUGCCCUCCAUGCUCUAGGAGUUAGUGUCAACAAGCAACCAAGUGGCUCCCCAAUCCGAGAUAUCGACUUGAAUAACCCCAAGACCCUAGAGUUCUACACAGAACUCACCAUGUUCCAGCGCGACACCACCCGCGAAACCUACAUCUUCCCCGCCGACAUCUCUCCAGAGGAUCGGCGCCAGAUUCACAUCCUUGCUCACAACAUGGGUCUAGAGCAUCAUUCAAUUGGAGAGAAUGACCGGCGUCAGCUGCAGAUUUCCAAGAAGCCUCAGCAAUCUCCCCCGGCUCAUGUGCCUCACCAACUGCCUCCUAAUGUUUCCUGGGAGGACCACCGAAGGGGUCUCAGCCGUGCUGCUACUUUUGACUUUGCCGAGUCCAGGAUUGGGGCGGGGAAUGCUUACCACACCAUCGGAAGACAAGGUCCGACUCUAGAGUUGCCUGGCCACCUCGAGAGUGGUAUUCCGAACAAUCUCCGUGCCGCCAAGAGCUUUGCAGAUCUGCGAACGCAUAGUCCUAGUCCCGCGCCCUCUGGGUCAAGCUACGUUGGGCUUGGUAACGGCCUUGGUUCUCGAUACGGCGACUAUGGCUCCCUGGCGACGCCCCCCAACCUGACGCCUACCUCUGCUCAGGCUGCUGCUUCUAGCACCGAUGCUUUGUUGUCUGGUGGAAUCGGCUCAUUGAGCCUGAGUGGUUUCGAUCCGACUGCAGCCCACCUUCAAUCUCGCAAUGCUCCAGGCGCUAUUGGCAGCCAGAGACCUGGUGCAAGCAACACAUCCGCACCUGGUCGUAAUGCUCCUGACAGACAGCCUCGUGGGCCUGAAUGGGGCGAGGCUUUCAACAACCGUAGCCGCGGUCAUGUACAAAGGAACAGUGAUUCCUCGGAUGCUGGCAGAAGCUCUGCCGCUUCUCGAUUCCAUUGA